GAAGUGAGAUCGAACGCUCCUCUCGCACCGCAGCUCGAGAAAAUAAGUAAUGCUGAACCCAGUGCAGAAGGCGAUCGUCCUCUUGGGCGUGUGUGUGGCUGGCGCCCUGUGUGUAGACAAGUGCAGCCCCGACUGCACCGGCAAGCCCGCAGGCAGCAAGGUUCCCGAUCCCAGGAACUGCACACAGUACUACCUCUGCCUCAACGGCGAGGUUCCCACCGACCACCCGCUCUGGUGCGAACCGGGUGAAAUCUUCGACACCACGCUAAAUGAGUGCCAGGUGGGGACCGACUGCACGGAUCAGUGCCCGGCGACCGUCCCCAACUGCCACUUCACGUGCAACGGUACGUACGACCUGGUCAGCGAUCCGUCGAGCUGCAGCCAGUACUUCGUGUGCCUCCCCCACGGGCUGGAGGGUCCUUUCGGCUGCCCCGCGGGAGCCCCGUACUUCAACGGGGAAAACUGCGUGGACGAUAAGGACACCUGCUGCUCCGACCCGUGCACGCCCUUCUGCGAGGCGGCGGUGACGCAGGUGCCGGACCCCACGGACUGCACCAAGUACUACAUCUGCCUGGAGCCAGGGCUCGCGUCCGAGGAAUACCACUUCACGUGCGACGCGGGACAAAACUUCAACUAUGUCACGGGACGGUGUGACAGCGGCGCCUCCUGCGUAAUACUUUGUGGAGGUUCCACCGUCAGCCCAACUGGAUCAUCCACACUGACACCAAAUCCGUCCACACCCAUCUCAACUGAACCCUCUACACCCUCCACACUAACAUCCAAUCCAUCCAACCCGUCCACAUUUUCAUCAGAUCCAUCCACUCCAUCCACAUUGACACCAAACCCAUCCACACUGACACCAAAUCCAUCCAACCCAUCCACAUUGACACCAAAUCCAUCCAACCCAUCCACACUGACACCAAAUCCAUCCAACCCAUCCACACUGACACCAAAUCCAUCCAACCCAUCCACACUGACACCAAAUCCAUCCAACCCAUCCACAUUGACACCAAACCCAUCUACACUAACACCAAAUCCAUCCAACCCAUCCACACUGACACCAACUCUAUCCACUUUUUCAUCAAAUCCAUCCAUUCCAUCCACACUGACUCCAGGCCCCUCCACAACGCCCACGCUCACGCCAUCGCCUUCGGUGACAUCCACGACCAUGGAAACGUCGACGGCCGGGUGCGUCGACAGCCUCACGUGUACAGUUAUAGGGGCCGUCGCCAAGUGCAAUAUCUGCGAAAACGAAUUCUUCUACUGCGACACCGUGGGCCAGGAGGCGGGCGUCUACAGCUGCACGGGGGACCUCGUGUUCAACCCCGACCCGGCCUACCCCUUCUGCGUCCUGCCCACCAACUGCCCCUAUCACCCACCCUACGAGGAGUAGGAACCCCGAGGUAACGCGACGAUUGGCGAAUCUGUAGGUCUCUCGGCGUUAAUUUUUACCUUUUCCGAACUAGGAAUCAGAGUUCUCCAAUUAUUAUUAUCAUUUUUUACGUGCGAUUUUUAAAAACUCGAUGUAGUACGUCGACAGAAUUUUUUUUAAUGUAAUCGAAUGAGUUUAUAUAUAUAUAUAUAUAUAUAUAUAUAUAUAUAUGUGUGUGUGUGUGUGUGUGUGUGUGUGUGUGUGUGUGUGUGUGUGUGUGUGUGUGUGUGUGUGUGUGUGUGUGUGUGUGUGUGCGUUUGUGUGUGUGCCUAUGUGUGUGCCUGUGUGUGUGUGUGUGUGUGUGUGUGCAUGAAAAUACAUGAUGCCUAUGUUUUACACACCAUACUUUUAUAAGAUUAUAUCCAAAUAAAAGAGAAAUAUCCGA